AUGCCACGUCAGAGCCGCAACUUGGUUCAUAUUUGUGGCGAAGCGGAAGCAAAGCGACCAAAAUCGCCUCGCUUCUGCAGGCUGCCUCUUGGGCUUCGCUUGCCACUUGGAAUAAACGCCAACUGGAGUCCCAGAACAUGCACGUCUCGCAGGAAGAUCCACGGAAGAAAACCCUUCCUGGUGUCGUUGGCGUGCAUGCUCCGUACGCAUGAAUCAAUCGCCACUUUACCACCUGCAUCUUUCAGCUUGGUCGGCCCUGAGGAGCAACAACAGAUGGUUCGCAUUGCCAUGGCCAUGGCCUCACCGGCGAAUAUGUCCGUGUCGAAUGCUAACGUAUUCUAUUUUCGGUAUAUCAACACGGCUCUCAAAGAUGCCGACAGGAGUCUCGGCAGAUGCCAGCAUGACAGGCUGACUCACACUGAGGCUGCGAUGAUGGCUAGCAAGCUCAUCACGAGCAGGUUUGAAGAAUGA